AUGAAGCGUGUACUAAUAGGCGGAGGAACUGGAUUUAUAGGCACAAGACUGUCGAAUCUACUUAAAGAUAGUGGAUAUACUGUUACAAUAAUAAGUCGUAUGCCUGGAUUGGGUAGAGUAACAUGGCAUGAAGUAGAAAAACAUGGAAUUAAGGAACCAACAACAGCAAUAGUCAAUCUUUGUGGACAGAAUGUUCUAGAUCCAACAAGACGAUGGACUCCUGGUUUUAAGCAAAAUGUAUGGAACUCUCGAAUCAAUACGAGUGCUUCAUUAGUGAGAGCAAUCUCCCAUGCAAGCCCUGAAUUAAAACCUGAAGUUUUCAUCAACAUAAGUGGCGUUUCAAACUACAAACCAGACAAUAAGAAAGUCUAUACCGAAUAUGAUGAGUGCAAAAAGUAUGACUACAUGUCUGAAUUGUGCAUUGAAUGGGAAAAGGCUGCAACAAUCGAUAAAUCUCUUGGAGUUAGAAAUGUUAAGCUCCGUACAGGCGUUGUGCUUGGUAGAGAAGGUGGUAUGAUUAAGUCACUUUACCUUCCUUUCUUUUUUGGUGCCGGUGGACCUGUUUGUGAAGGCAAUCAGCCACUUCCAUGGAUUCAUAUUGAUGAUUUGUGUGAAUUAAUUAUGUUUUCUAUAGAAAAUAAGAAUGUAGACGGCGUUUUAAAUGCUGUAGCACCUGAUAUCAUCACUAAUAAGGAUUUCGCUAAAGCCUUUGGAAGAGCACUUUGGAGACCCGCACUGAUUCCACUACCUGAAUUUGUAGUAAAUUUCAUGUUUUCACAGGAAAGAGCUGUCUUGCUUACAACUGGCGCUAAAAUCGAACCUAAACGCACAAUCGAAACUGGAUUUAAGUAUCAAUAUCCAAAGAUUUACGAUGCCUGUCGAAGUGAAUCUAAAUUGUUUUUGUUUUAA